CUUUUUUUGGUCCUUUUUUGGGGGGGCGGAUGCAGAAGAGCACCACACAUAAAGAAGCACCUGUAUCACUGACAUGUAUUUACCGUAUGUGUGAUACUUACCGCCCUUCCAUUCAGACAAUGAGGUCCUUGUCACUCUGAUCCAUGCGUUGCCUGCAUUUGGCAGCAUAACGAUGGCCGUUUUUGUUCUGUCCCUGCUUCUUCUUUCAUGCAGGACACAAGCCGUUUCAGGUGUUUUAAAGCUGUUGCCCGCCAGCUUGACUGUCCUCAGAGGCGACCAGGCCCGCUAUACCUGCACGACCACAAAAACCACAGCGUGGGAUGUGAUGCUGUGGGAGCUAAACACCACAGUAGUGGUCUCCGUCUCCAGGCAGUAUGGCGUACUGUCUUCCUCUAUCCCCGAUGUGACGGCGGAGGAAAGCCGUGGGCCGAAUGGAGACGGUUGGACGCUUGUUGUCAAGAGUGUUCAGAGGCAUCAUGAGGGACAAAUCACCUGUAGCCUUCAGGGAAUCGAGAAGAAAACAGCAAGCCUCUUUGUUCAAGAAAAAGGCAGCGUGAAAGUCUCUGGAGGAAAUGCAACAGCUUUAAAGGGGCAGUCGGUCCUGUUUGAGUGCCAGGCAGCAGGAUGGUAUCCUCAACCUUUGUUGCAGUGGGAAGUCGAUGGAAAAAAGUUGAGCCAGCGUGAAUACAACCUGAGUAGCGGAGAGAAGCGGAACAGCCUCUUCACUGUGAGCAGCAAUGUCAGCCUGACGGCGACAAGGAGCUCUGGCGUGGCCUGCCUGGCCUCGGUGUCUGCACUCUCCACACCGCUCAAGAGCAGCGUCCGCCUGACAGUGGUUGCAGAGGUGCUGCACGACGAAGACGACCGCAUGCUCCCGCUGGCGCUAACGUCCUCCUUUGCUGCUCUCCUCCUGCUCCUCCUGCUUGGCAUCUGCACCGUCCUCUGCUACAGACAAAGGAUACAAGAAAAGGGAAGCACGAAGGAUGCACUAAGUUUUGAGGAAUCGUACGACAGCCAGAGACUGUGUGCAAAUGCUUCAGGGGGCCAGGUCAACGUGGGGUACAUGAAUGAGGGCGCGGCAGAUGCAGUUUACAAAGAGCUAAUCUUGGGAAUCCAUAGCAAGAAGGACUUUGUCAGCAUUGGCCAGGUUCCUGACCUGGUGACCUCCAGCAGCCAGUCUGUACACGGUGACAGUUGCACCCAAGUGGACCAUUCAGAGGAAAAUGCUAAAAACAUCAGGAGAGUUACCACAGUUUGAACAAAUACAACACAAACGCAAGAUGAGAUAUCUGAAAUCAAGGUCAAAAAUACUUUUUUUCUUUUCCGAAAACUAUGUCAGGCCAGCGUGCUUAUCUUAAAUAACCUAAAAUGGGAUAUACACAAUAGUAUUUAAAUAAUCAAAAUACCAGCAGAACAUAGAAUUUUGACUCACCAAACUGCUUAAAAGAAGUAAAAUGGUGAUUUGGCAAGUCAAGCAUUUUACUUGUUUUAAGAAAUGCAAACCGGACUAACGUAGGAAGCACUUACAGUAAGAAGAACUAAAUAUCUUGUUAGUCAAAAACAAGCAUUAGUUAGACAUUUAAUUGUACUUUUUUUUUUUUUUAACAAUUUUUGGCAAACAUUUUGCUGAAAAUCAUAAAUUGUUUGAUUGGGGACGGUUUGACGUUUGCUGUAAAUGCACGUUGUGUGCAUGUGCACUGGAAAAUAAAACUAUUCACAUUCAAGGACAAAAAUCCUUGUAGGUUUUUGCAGGAUGAUAUUCUCAUGAAAGUCAAGUACAUAGUUUUGCUUUUGUCACAAAAAAUCUAAACAGGAUUGGUUGAUAAAUGCAAUAUUAC